AUGCCAAUUGGAUCAUGCCGUUCCGUCUACCCGUUCGAGGAAUUCUUUAACGAUUGUUGCCAUCGGCAAGCGCAACUCUACGCCGAAAUCAGCGCCGCAGUGAGCGGUAAGGACGGCGAAGAAGCACAAGUUAUAGAUGAGCGAGACGCACGGGCAUUAAUCGGCCGUGUUCUCGUUCAUUUUGAGGAGUACUAUGAACAAAAAUCCCGUGCGGCUAAUCUUAAUGGCUUUGCUAUGUUCUCCCCUACUUGGUUUUCUUCUCUUGAAUGUGCUUUUCUUUGGACGGCCGGGUUUCGGCCCACGGUUCUUUUGCAACUUGUUUUCAAAAAUGUUCUUGAUUUGUCUCCUGAUCAAACUCAAGCACUUCAAAGGGACUAUGAGCAGGGUCUAGGGUGA